AUGAGUCUUUGUAUUUCUUCUGCUAAUUUCGAUCAAAGUUCACUCGUUCAAAAGAAUACUGUGGAUUCCGACUUUCGAGCAACCUUAAAUCAAACAUUGAACAAAGUGAUUGCUCAAUAUGGAGAAGAGACAUAUCGAUUGGAACGAGCUGAACAUAUUCGAUAUGAAUGUCUCAAAAAAAAUGUUCCAGGACUCCUGCAUCGUCUUUGGUCAAAUAUGAUUUAUGCUUCUACGACGAUAGGAAGCACAUUUUCAAUGUACAAAGAAGUCGUUCAAUAUUAUUGUGGAGAACGGCUCACUCUGAUUAAUUUACCUGUCUACGGUGCAAGUGAAAGCUUCUUUGGAUGUAUUGCAAGUAUUCACACUGAUGAAUACUUUCUCUUACCAACAUCCGUAUUUUUUGAAUUUAUCAAAGAAGAAGAUAUUCAAAAAGCUCAACCGAAAACUCUUCUUCUCUCAGAGCUUGAACCAGGGCAUCGAUACGAAGUGGUUUGUACAACUGACAGUGGAUUGGUUCGAUAUAGAAUGGGAGAUGUCAUGAAUUGUACAAGAUUUUAUUCUCGAGCCAAUAAUUUGGUCCCAUUACCAGAAGAACCAAUCGACAUUCCUCAAAUUCCUCUCAUUUCUCUUGCAUAUCGUGUUGGAAACGUUUUAGGUAUAUUUGGUGAGAAAAUAACUGAACAACACAUGAUGAAUGCUCUUCAACAAACAAUUCGUCAAUGGAGAGAACAAGGACUACUGGUUGAUCUGCAUGAUUUUACAUCAUGUCCGAAAUUAGAUGUAUUUCCAGCCAAAUUUGUCAUCUUUGUGGAAUUGAUUGAAGAUUAA